AUGUUGCCGCCCGAUCGCUCUUUGCAUGUCAGUUCCAGUGGAGUGAUCAGAGAUGACCAUCUUCGGAGAGCUUCCAAUCGUGAGGAGCGAUUCAUGUCAUGGGCAACCGACCAUCGUCUCGACCUUGAACAGCGAAUCCUUGGGGACCGCGCCGAGCGCCGCGAAUCCCGCUUGCCUAGAAGAUCGACACCGUCGCAUCGUUCUCUGAGAGAUGUCGCUGCAUCGCACUAUGCGCCAAGAGGGCCCUACGUUCCAAUUGAGUUGCAGUCUGCAGCAGAUGGGGAAGCGCGGUCGCAUGCCCGAUCAGAACAAGCACCACAUGGAGCACACUCCACACCAGACCCUGAAAGCCUCCGAUACAGGCGAUCGUGUGGGUCUAAGCUGAAGGAGAAAAGGGUGCGGAGGCGGCUCAUCACGUUGGUCGUAUCGACCGGUUUCCUCAUCCUCGUGGUCGCCAUUUAUCUCGCAUUUGCUGCUUCCAGUACGACAUUGGGUAGGGAGCUUCAGAUCCUUCUCAUCUUCAUGAUAUUAAUCCUCGGGAUUGUUUUCUGUCAUUCUCUCACCCGAUUCCUUAUGGCACUUUUACGACGGCCUGACUCUGAUGUUGCUACGAAUCGCAUACCCAGUAGGGCAGGGCCAGCCGGCUAUGCGCAACCAGCACGUCCUAUCCAUGUUAUUCUGGCCGGGGACGAGGACGUUACGGCCGCGAGUCCUAGCGCCGUGCGCGAAAAGGUCACAGCACCCCCUCCGGCAUACGGUCUUUGGAGAAGUAGCGUGAGGCUAAACCCCGACCUGCUAUACUGGCAGCGCAUCGAAAACAACAAUACGCAAAUACUCAAAGGUGUUGAUAGGCAUGCGAGCAACAAGGCCCGGAUACCACGACCUCCUAGCUACACAUCUGAUAACGGCGUCGACUAUGUGAUAGAAGCGCAACCUCGGUCAUUAACGCAAUGGCGAAUUUCCGAGGAGUCAAGGCGUCAACCGUAG